AUGACGGAUAGAGUUAAACUUCUUAUCCAAAAACGUACUUCUUUAAAGGCUCAAAUUACCAAUUUAACGAAUAUCGUGGAAAGGGGUAAACAUGAUAGAGUCACAUUGAAAAUGCGAAUGGAUCGUGUCACGAGUCUUUAUCACGCGUACGAGGAAUUUAACGACGAGCUUACAGUGUUAAAUCCAGACGAUAAUCAUAGAGACGAAUUUAAUAAUGUGCAAGAGAAAUUUUAUUCCCUCGCGGGAAAGGUCGAAGAUAUAAUUAAUCCCAAUAUGGCUGCCGCGAGUGCUAGUACUUCGAGCGUCGCAACAAUCUCCAGCGAUUCCGGGACGAUGGUCGUUGCGAAGCGGCAGAUAAAUCUGCCGAUAGCGUCUUUGCCUUGUUUUGAGUGCCGCUACGAGAACUGGCUGUCAUUCAAAAAUUUAUUUCUCGCUAUGAUAGAUACCCGUACAGACUUAAGCGAUGUAGAAAAACUUCAAUAUUUAAAAUCGACAUUAAUCGGCGACGCAACUAACAAAUUAAAAAUUCUAUCGAUUGAAGGAUCGAAUUAUAGUAAGGCCUGGGAGCUGUUAAAGCGUGCUUACGAAGUAAAACGAAUUUUGAUAUCGCGUCAUCUUUCCUUGUUGAUAAAUUUACCUGCAUUGGAAAGGGAAACCACCGACGGCUUGUCGAAGUUAGCUGAUGACGCGCAGCAACACGUGGCAUCCUUGAACGCGUUAGGCGUCGUCGUAAAUUCUGAGAUAUUAGUAAAUUUGAUAGAAGACAAAUUACCGAAAUUUACCGCCGAAAAAUGGGAGGAAACUCUCGAUCGCGACGAGUUUCCAAGGAUAGACGAUUUAUAUGAAUUUCUAUACCGUACUGCAGUCCGAGUAUCUAAACGAUCGCGAAUAGAAGAUCAUAAACGAGACGACAACAAGUAUCUCCCUCCUGCCAAAAGGGGGCGAAUUCUUAAUAAGGUUUUGUUGGUGAACGCGACAAAUAAUUGCGUAGCAUGUAGGAAUAAAAAACAUCCAUUAUUCCAAUGUGACAAGUUCAAACAACUAGACGUGUCCAAACGCGUGGAAGUCGUGAAGCGUGCGAAAUUGUGUUAUAAUUGCCUACGUUCCCAUCAAGGGAAAUUCUGUAAUUAUAGCAAUUGCACUAUAUGCCAAAGAAGACACAACACUCUUUUACAUUUCGACAAACGACCGACAAUAUCAACAGUCACCGAAACAGGGGACGCUGGAAUAGUGAAAAGCGAAUGA